AUGCGCGAGUCGUUUGGCGUCUUUUCUUGGGUGACAGCAGCCGUUGCGGUCAGUCGUCCGUCGGCAGCAGUUGUGGGUGCCGUUUUGCUCGUUUGCUGUCGUAAAGUUUGGUUCGCAAGAAGGCGUUCGUUUUUUGGUUCGCAAGAAGGCGUUCGUCUUUUGUGUCACAAGAAGUUGUUUCCCCCCACCCCCGAAGAGCCCACCUCAGAGAGUAGCGCGCUUGAUGAACCUAUGCGGAAUGAACUCAGCGAGACGCCUGAAGAGAUCACCACUGAGGAAGCGCUUGAGACCAUACCACUGAGACGGAGCACCAGGCAGAAACGGCCUGCCCUACAUUGCCAUUUGUGUGAUCUAGAGAUCAGAGAGGAGUGUAAUGAGCAUGCGCGGAAACGUCCUCGAACUCAGCCGUUGCGGUCAGUCGUCCGUCGGCAGCAGUUGUGGGUGCCGUUUUGCUCGUUUGCUGUCGUAAAGUUUGGUUCGCAAGAAGGCGUUCGUUUUUUUCGUUCGCAAGAAGGCGUUCGUCUUUUGUGCCACAAGAAGUUGUUUUUUCCCCCGUUUUCUCUCACAGACAUUAUUUGA